CUAUACAAGCUCGCAGGGUUGAGUUUUCGUCUCUAGGCCAUCUCAUCCAUGGCUAUUCCUCUCGGGAAGCUCACCAUCCUCAUCGGCGCAGGUCUUGUUGGGUCAGUGCUUGCUAAAGAAGGGAGCUUACCAGAUGUUUCGAAUUUUGUCGCCGGUGCUAUUAAGAUGGUAUUUAGGCAGCUGAAACAAGAAGAACCUACCAAAUCAGCCAGCAAGCCCCGCAAUGAUACACUUAUGGCACAGGUUAACAGUCUUAGGCAUGAAUUGAGCUUGCUUUCUUCAAACAGACCCAUCACUAUUGUUACCUCAGCAGGAUCAGGUGGUAAAAAGUAUGGUUACAUCAUUAUAAUUGGGGUUAUAGGCUACGGAUAUGUAUGGUGGAAGGGCUGGAAAUUUCCAGAUUUUAUGUUUGCAACAAGGCGCAGCUUAUCAGAUGCAUGUAAUAGUGUUGGCAGCCAGAUCGAUGGUUUUUACACAUCACUCUCGGGUACAAAACAAGAGUUAAGUUCAAAAAUUGACGGGAUGGGUCGUAGUUUGGAUGCUAAUACAGAAAUUAUUCAAGAAACAGGACGAGAGGUGAUGGAACUUCAAAGAGGUACAGAAAAUAUUAAGGAUGAUGUUAAGUUUGUUUUCGAUGCUGUUGAAACUCUGGCAAGCAAAGUCUAUCGUAUUGAGGGAAAUCAGGAUAUCACGCUUAAAGGAGCGUUGCCAUCAACUUCAGCAGUGCCAGCCCUUGAGGCAGCUCCUAUGACACCAUCGUCAAGGACUUUGUCUUUGCCUCCUGCUUCUCCCCGUGAAUCCCAGUCACCUUCAACUUCUAAUGGAGCUCAACAGUCACGUGGUCCACUUCAGCACACUCAAUCUAUGUCUGGUUUGAAGGAGAUAAGCGAAAAUGGAACACAUUCCGGAGAAACUACGGGAAACACAAGUUCAGGCCUGUUUAGUAUGUUCUCAAUGCCAAGAAUAGGGAGGACUCGUAGUGUGGUCAACACAGUGCCUACUAACUCCAUUGGACCCCAAUAGGGGCUUGUCAAUACUGAAGAGAGAGUUUGAACAUUCAAAUGAUCAGCAAGCCAGAAAUGGGCAAGUGCUAGAAGAGGAUUUGAAUAGAUCAUGCUGCGUCUAUACUCGUCCCUUGCUUAGUGAAGACAAUGCCAUAAAUGGUGCAUAAUUUU